CAAGUGGAAUAUUGUUAAGGGGUAUAAAAGCAGCUGUGACUGGGUCCAAGGCACAUAGAACACAACAUGAAUCCCAAGAGUGAAGUCCUGAUUGCCGCCGUGCUCUUCUUCCUGCUGGCCUGUGUGCAAUGCCAGCUCACCUUCUCGCCGGACUGGGGCAAGCGGUCGGUGGGCGGAGCUGGAGGCGGCGGCGGUGCCGGCGGCGGCUUCUUUGAGCCGCAGCAGGGCAACUGCAAGACGUCCAACGAGAUGCUGCUGGAGAUCUUUCGAUUUGUGCAAUCGCAGGCGCAGCUCUUUCUCGACUGCAAGCACCGCGAAUAGAAGGAGGCGGAGGUGGAGGGCCCAAGGAUCAGGCGGAACACACACAGCCAGGCUCGAGGCAUGUCUUCGGGCCUGUUUACCAUAUGAUUAUAAUGUAUAUGCUAUAUAGUCCAUAUUCGAUUUAUAUGUAUAUGU